AAAAUGGUAGAAUUAAAGUUUCUUGGUAUGGACUUUGGUUGUGCACUUGGAUCCCUUAGCAAAGGUGAAUUCCCAGAAACAGAUUGUUUGCUUCCUUUAAUAUCCAAGCUAUUGGGAUAUGCCAUUGUUGCUGCCUCCACUACUGUUAAACUUCCUCAGAUACUUAAAAUUUUGCAACACAAAAGUGUUAGAGGACUUAGCGUUGUGGCCUUUGAACUUGAACUAAUUGGUUAUACCAUUGCUUUGGCAUAUUGUCUUCACAAAGGGCUUCCAUUUUCAGCUUUUGGCGAGUAUGCUUUUCUUUUGAUCCAAGCUAUAAUUUUGGUUGCAGUUAUCUACUAUUUUUCUCAACCUUUGGGAAUGAAGACAUGGAUGAAACCAUUACUAUAUUGUGCUGUUGCACCGACUAUUUUGGCAGGUCAAAUUGAUCCCGUUCUUUUCGAGGCUCUAUAUGCUUCCCAACAUGCAAUCUUUCUCUUUGCAAGGAUUCCGCAGAUAUGGAAGAACUUUCAGAACAGAAGUACUGGCGAGCUGAGCUUUUUGACCUUUUUUAUGAACUUUGCCGGUUCCAUGGUUAGAGUUUUUACCAGCCUCCAGGAAAAAGCUCCCAUGAGCGUUGCCUUGGGAUCUGCACUUGGUGUACUGAUGAAUGGUACCAUCUUGAGUCAAAUUAUCAUAUAUCAAAAGCCGACGCCUCAGAAAGAGAAAAAGAGAGAUUAGAAUGGAUUUGGAGCUCACCGUCAAGAUUGUCAAGCAUGAAGAAGAGUUCAUCCAUGUAAUACUCUGAGAAUCUGUCAUGGUUUCGCUUAUUUCAAAUUUUAGAUUGAUCGAUCAGUUACAGGAUUUUUAACCAUAGUCUCAGUAUGGGAUUUUUUACAUAAGUAUGCUAACACAUAGGUGUAACAAUUGCUUUUUGUUCCAUUCCUGAUGGUGCUUGCAAGGAAUUUGGUAAAGAUGUGUUACUGGGGAAAGUAUUGUCAUUUGUCAACUAAUCUGUUGCUGCUUUAUGCAACUGGAAAAGAUUGACAAAAUGUAAACCGAAAAUAAUUUGCAAAAAUGCUGCUAGUACCUUACCGUC